UUUUGAAUCACCUAACCCUUUUCUCAUAACCACCACUAAGCAGCACUUCUUUUCAACACCUAGUAUCCAAUGGCUCCUACUACCAAGCAUGACGACUCUGACUACUCGGUCAUCGAGGAGACCGGCAUGAAGCUGGGCAAGGCGCCGCGUGCUCUACGUGUGGCAGAUAUCGGUGACAGCACUCUGCGCGAGGCAGAGCGUCUGUGUGCCCGCGACUACCUCGAGCACCACAUUUUCUUCAACCACAUGCAGUUCCACAACCACAACAUCCACCAUCUGCUGGCAUCCCUGUCUCUGGGUGCAUCCCAGGAGCGCCUGCAAGACAUCUACGACAAGAACGUCCCGAUGCAGCGUCCCUUGCCUGAUCCUGUCGCCGGUGUCGUAAUCACCAAGGACAACUGGCACGAGUACAUCGGCAAGGAGGAAUACUACACUAAUUUUGUAGCGUUCUUCCGCCGAGAGAUCGACGCAGAGGGCGGUGACUGGAAGCCUGUGCUAGUGCGCUACAUGUUUGAUGACAAGAUCUAUGCUCUUGUGUUCAGCGGCCUUCUGCACCCGCUGAUCCAGAUCGGCUAUGGAGUCGAGUUUGACAGCGCUGCUAUUCUUGCAACGGGUCUGGCAAUGGCCUGUGUGCAUAAGCUCCUCUUUGGGGUUGAGCUAACUGCUGAAACUGUCGGGAAGACCACAGACACACUCACUCUUAUGGAGGUGAUGGAUAACAUCCGAAACGACAAGCGCAUCCAGGACAUUCCGUAUGAGACCUCCUUGGAGAAGGAUAGCCCUAUCAGCGAUCAGGUCGCGCUCGAAUACCUGCAGCAGUGGAAAGUUUACCCGACUGAAUACUGUGUUGCGCUCAAGUUCCGUGUGCUGCAGAGCAUCACUGCACUCAUUUACGGCGCAACCACUAAGCCCGGGUACAAGAACCAGUACGAGUUUACAUUGAUGCAUCUCCUGACAUCCUCGUACUUUGUGCCAAUGAUCCUCGACCUGCUCACCCUUGAGCAGAAGAUCAGGGUUCUGCGCACGUAUGCCUUUGUUGUACUGCGCUACUUCACCCUCAGGCAUUGUCCGCGGUUCUAUCAUGCCAGUGAACUUGCAACCGACGAUGUCUCGUUCGCCGCCGACGCAGAGUACAGCGACAAUGAGCAGUGGAAGGCGGUGUUUGAGAAGGCGGUGCAGAAUGAUGACCUGCACGUAGCCAAGGUUGUACGUGCGCUUCUGCGCGGUAGCAUUCUCAACCACAACGCGCCGGAGGUCCCAGCCAACUACGAACAGCCGCAGAAGAUCAACUGGCUGCUGUUGGCACAGCGCACCGUCGACACUAUCGACAUGAGCUCGUUUAAGGACUCUGAAGAGCAGUACAAGGCCGGCAAGCGCUGGUGGUCGCGCGGUAAGAUCGGGUUCGACCAGUACUGGGAUCAGAAUGGCGAGGCCCUUUGAUUAAUGUCUGUAUUUUCCAUAGGGUUGUUUCAACCAUGUCACUAUCUUUAUCUUCACCUUACCUAAAAUAAGAUUUUAUACUCCAAA